AAGGCACCGCAGUGGGUGCCGGGAGAGGAAGGAAAGUCAGGAAGUAAACAUUGACGAUCCGCUUCCUUCGUGUCCGGCUGUUUUGGGGUCAGCAACUGCGCGACCUCGUGACCAGGGGAGACCGGAUAACCAUGUCAGCUGCAGCUGUGGAUGCAGUUAAUGCUACCCCCAUGUCGGGGUCUAAAGAAAUGAGUUUGGAGGAACCAAAGAAGAUGACCCGAGAGGACUGGAGAAAGAAGAAGGAGCUAGAAGAACAGCGAAAAUUGGGUAAUGCCCCUGCAGAAGUUGAUGAAGAAGGAAAAGACAUCAAUCCUCAUAUCCCUCAGUAUAUUUCUUCAGUGCCAUGGUAUAUUGAUCCAUCAAAAAGACCUACCUUAAAGCACCAGAGACCACAGCCAGAGAAACAGAAGCAGUAUAGCUCAUCUGGAGAAUGGUACAAGAGGGGCGUGAAAGAGAAUUCCAUAACUACUAAGUACCGCAAAGGAGCAUGUGAAAACUGUGGAGCCAUGACACACAAAAAAAAAGACUGCUUUGAGAGACCUAGGCGUGUUGGAGCAAAAUUUACAGGUACUAAUAUAGCUCCAGAUGAACAUAUCCAGCCUCAGCUAAUGUUUGACUACGAUGGAAAGAGGGAUCGGUGGAAUGGCUACAAUCCAGAAGAACACAUGAAAAUUGUAGAAGAAUAUGCCAAAGUUGAUCUGGCAAAACGAACACUGAAAGCCCAAAAACUCCAAGAAGAAUUAGCCUCAGGAAAGUUAGUGGAACAGGCUAAUUCUCCAAAACACCAGUGGGGAGAAGAGGAACCAAAUUCUCAAACGGAAAAAGAUCAUAAUAGUGAAGAUGAAGAUGAAGAUAAAUAUGCAGAUGAUAUUGACAUGCCUGGACAGAAUUUUGACUCUAAGAGACGAAUUACUGUCCGGAAUCUCAGAAUUCGAGAAGAUAUAGCAAAAUAUUUGCGGAAUUUAGAUCCAAAUUCUGCUUACUAUGAUCCCAAAACUAGAGCAAUGAGAGAGAAUCCCUAUGCCAAUGCAGGAAAGAAUCCAGAUGAAGUGAGCUAUGCAGGGGAUAACUUUGUUAGAUACACAGGCGAUACAAUAUCAAUGGCUCAGACACAAUUGUUUGCUUGGGAAGCCUAUGACAAAGGGUCUGAAGUGCAUCUGCAAGCCGAUCCUACAAAACUAGAGCUGUUGUAUAAGUCCUUCAAAGUCAAGAAAGAAGACUUCAAAGAACAGCAGAAAGAAAGCAUCCUGGAAAAGUAUGGUGGCCAGGAACACUUGGAUGCCCCUCCAGCCGAACUGCUUUUAGCUCAGACUGAAGACUAUGUGGAGUACUCAAGACAUGGGACGGUCAUCAAGGGACAGGAGCGGGCUGUUGCCUGCUCCAAGUAUGAGGAGGAUGUGAAGAUCAACAAUCAUACGCAUAUCUGGGGAUCUUAUUGGAAAGAUGGCCGAUGGGGAUACAAAUGCUGUCACUCAUUUUUCAAGUAUUCCUAUUGUACUGGAGAAGCUGGGAAAGAGAUUGCUAAUUCAGAGGAAUGUAUUAUGAAUGAUACAACUGGAGAAGAAUCUGUGAAGAAACCUCAAACCCUCAUGGAGAUGCAUCAGGAAAAACUAAAAGAGGAGAAAAAGAAGAAAAAGAAGAAGAAGAGGAAACAUAGAAAGAGCAGUUCAGAGAGCGAUGAUGAAGAAAAGAAACAUGAAAAAUUGAAAAAGGCACUGAAUGCAGAGGAGGCCCGCCUUCUUCAUGUCAAGGAGAUCAUGCAGAUCGAUGAGAGGAAGCGGCCUUACAACAGUGUAUAUGAAACUCGGGAACCCACUGAAGAGGAAAUGGAGGCCUACAGAAUGAAACGUCAGAGGCCAGAUGACCCCAUGGCCUCCUUCCUUGGACAGUAAUAACUGGUCACAGACAGUCACCCAAGAUAGACAUUGCUGAUAUAUUCUCUUAGAUUCUUGCUGAUGAUUAUUGAUGGGAAAAUCCAUAUCGAUUCUUCCUGCUUCCUGGCUUUAAUAAAGCAUCCAGAAGUCUCAUAGAAAAUUCAUUCCUUUCCAUACUGAAGAAACAAGAAGAAAUAAGCAGGACAUUAGGGGCAGAGUAAGGUUUUAUUUCCAAUUUUAUAUUUGUGAGGUGGAAAAAAGUCUUGGCUCUCCACCUAUCACAUAUUUUUGCAAUAUUUAUUAAGUUUCAGACUUUUAAUUCCUCAAUUUUUAUGGCCAUUUAUCUUGUCUUAGCACUCAUUUAAAGGGCAAUUAAUUACUCUUUCUCUACUCUCUCAGAACAAGGGCUUCAUUUUUUUUAAAUUAGUAGUAACUAUAAUUGUAGUUAUAUAGUAAUCAUUUGUUUUCACCUUCUUAAAUUUUUCUGAUUUGAAAGUAAUACUCCUUUCUUGAGCUUUGGGUUACUUGAAUAACUUUAUCCGUGAUGUCAAUCUGUGUAGUAAUAAUUGUUUUCCACUUGGUUAUAAAUUUAUUUUCAUUCUUAAAUUUUGUUGCGGUUAUAAAAUUUUGAUUUUCAAAGUAUUUCCUUGAAUCUUACAUUCAAGGAAGUGUAAGCCUUUGAAUGAGAAAGACAAAACUGUAUUGUCACUCUUGAAUCAGUGUAGACUGAUCAGUACUAGGUCUUUUACCGUUCUGGAAAUGAGUGUUUAGACACAGAAAUCCUUUCCUUUAUCACAGAGGAUAUGGUUUGUGAUACUCUUUGUUGUUUUCAUUGUGAAUGCCUUUAUAUAACAAUCAUGAAUAUUGGAUAUUUUAAUAUUUGUUGUAUGUAAUCUUUAUAAGCAACAGGUGUCUUGUAAAAUUUGCAAAAAAACAUAA